UUGGUCAGUGAUCUGUGUCGGAACAGGGCCACUUUUUUACCUCUGUCGUUUUAUUUUAUUCUAUUUUUCUUUGACAUUUUUUUACCCAAACUUAUGUAGAUAGUCGCACCUCCCUAUUACGGGUAUCAUCUAAUUCUAACUUUAUCCAAUUAUUUUACAUCGUGCCAAUUGGAAGUGCCACAUAGUGCUUUACAACAGUGGAAGACAAAAAAUAUUAACUUUUUUUUGGAAAAAGACUGAUUUUAUGUCCGAUAUUUCCCUGGAUUUCGGAUAUUUCUCUUUGCACAGGUAAGCCGUUCGCUGACUAGAAUGCCGUUAUGGGUUGAAGCUUGAAGGUCGAAAGGUGCAUCUUCCGACAAUGAGACAAAUAUCCUGAGGCUUCUUGCAAAUGGGGCAUAGAAGUGGCGGAAGAGGUGGAAAGAAAGUUUAGUAGCGGGGUAGUAACCACCGCGCCCGUUGGAAGCUGAAGCCGUCUUGUCACGACAGAUGGCAGCGACCGACGGGCAAAUCAUCGUGGCCGCGGCUCGUUGGGCGGAUGAAGCGACGUAUUUGCGCGAGUUCGUGUCCAAAUAUCGUUUGCCUUCAGUCAUCAAGAUCACCAAGGGUCAGUACGGGGGUCUCGGUGUACCAACUUUGCCAGCUCCGAGUUUGCAAAGUACCGCACUUCUCGUGUCGGCUGGUCGUCGACGAAAAAUAGUUGCACAAGCAGUCAAAAUCAAAGAAGGCAGACGAGUAGUAGGUGUGGGUCCAAGAUUGGCAAUACCUGACUCUUACUCGGGCUAUUUCGAGAUUCUCAGUGAAGAAGGUAGAGCAGUACGUGGUAUCGAGUCGGUUAGCGAGUUGUCACGCAAAUGUCCAGAAGAAGGUGCCCUGGUGCGGGAAACUAUAAGAGGCAUCGCCUGUAAAGUGGAGGAAGAGACGGGUGUUGUAGUGCCUGAAGGUAGCAAAGCACUUACCGCUGGUGAAACUAUAUCUGCUGCGGGAGAGGUGACGUUACCGGGUCGAGGGAGAUUCCUUCGGUGCGUCGACUCUCAUGGAGAUAGUGUCCUACUUGGUAUGGAGCAGAGAGGCAGGUUCAGCGCACUGGCACGAGAGGACAAUAUCAGUGGUGUUCACACGGCUAAGGCUUUAUUGAGUAAGCGAUUACCACUAACUGUCAGACUAGUCCAUGGUCAACCUCCAAGAGGUCUCAAAUCUUCCUCGCAAUUUCUUCCUGAACUUCGAUUACUCUCGACAUUCGAGGAGGAACAUGUGUUUGCGCUACCGUUACAGAGGGAAGGUGCUGCAGUAGCCCUACCACUUGCUGCGCCGCUCAAACUGGUCAAAGCGAGAAACGAAGAAGCUCUCAAGUCAAUGCCUGAACUGACCAGAUUGGUGGACCGUGCAACACGUCUGGUCGCCGAUGUGGCCGACAAGGCUCACGUUUUGGAUGGUCGUCUAGGAGAGAGUAAACCAACGACAAGACAGUCAAGAAGCAGUGGUUUUCUGAGAAGAUCUGUAAGCUCCGACAGUGCCAACAAUCAUCACCGACAUCAUCAUCACCACCACUAUCAUCAUCACUCACAUCAGACCAAUACUCAUGCUCACUCUGGCUACCGAGAUGAGAACCGAGUGCCACCCUCAUAUGCUACCGAGGAAUAUGAUGAGAUUGAUCAGAUCUACGACUACGUACGAGGCUUCGCGCCGUUGCCUAAAAGCGUUAGGUCAGAAAAGUCAUACGAUAGUCCAAUUCGUAACACCAUUCCACAAAUUCCACUAAGCAAUAAUCUGUCUUCGCCGACAGCCCUAAUUUCUGUCCCGAUUCCUGCUUGUGUUGCUCCUUCUUCUCCUCCUGCGUCUCUUCCAAAUCCAGUAAUGGUAACGAUCCCUCCGUUGUUGGAUGACCGACCGGAACCGCCACCCAUCGAAACGAUACCCACUAAGAAGAACCAUGCAGAAAAGAGAACGAGACGUGCAGUCAAGGAAACCCCGCUACCAAAGGUAGAGAAACCGCCUUUGGCCAAACUUUACGUCAAGAACAGCGGUACACAAAGGGGUCGACCACUCAUGAGGCAGAAGAGUGCUUCGCCGCUCAAAGAGACGCCUCCCGGUUUCAAAGGCGGUUCUCCUCUUUUUAACAUAAGAUAUAAGAGUCUUACAAAUCUUCAGCAGGCCAUGGAACUCGAUGGAACCCUCGACUCGAGUCACUCCGGUGGACGUACUUCUGGAGACUCUGGAGCCGGAGCUAAGCUUCCAGAAAAGAGAUCUCGUCGCUUAAGUAGACCACGUUCUCUAACAAACCUCGUAUGGGAACUUCGGGGUGGAAGUGGGAUUAGCUGUACGAGACCAGAAACACCACCACCGAUUAUCACUGCUCCGCCACUACCACCCUCUAAAUGUGGUCCUCGUCUCGCUGUUACAGUAGUGGCACCCAGGCGUGUCGGCACACUCUACCUCUAAUCAAUAUGGUGGAUCAAGUCCUAUGAGCUGGAGCAGAGAACGCGGAUCUCUGAAUUCCCGAUCGAAAAAGUAAUCAAAAUUCGUAACCAGCUGUAAAAAAGAUAAAGCUGACAAUGAUUUUAAACUUUUACAUUCAACACCAAUCUGCUGGAUUUUCAGGUUAAAGCUGUUCAUGAAUGUUAAACUAAAAUCUUGUUAAUUCUGCCAUGCAUCUUGCUAUGAUCUCGUCAAAAAUAAUCAUCCUUAUUACUGAUUGAUAUUUGCCAAGAUAUCGUUUUGUGAAAUGCGUGAUUGUAUGAAACAUUUUUUAACAAAGUUUUUUUCUAUGAUUAUUCAUUUCUUGUCCAUGUACACCACCGGUAAAAAUUGUGCCUCCACUUACGAAAAUCGGUUUAAAAACAGGCUUGUUUUAAAAGGUGCCUAACUCUGCCUAAACAAUUUUCUAUUGUCAGCUUCAACGCUAUUUAUACAUUGGGGAAGUUAAUGAAAAAAUGUAAACUUCGCUAAAUUGAGAUCUGAAUUCUUCUUUUUAAAAUGAGAUGAAGCACAUAAUAAAAUGUUUACUGAUUCUCGAAUUAUCAUAACAAAUGUGGAAGAAUGUUAGUCGCUUUCUAAGACAAGCAUUUGAUUUAAUUUUCGUAAUUAGACGCACAAUUUUUGCCCGUAGAGUAUAUUUGAGAAUUUGUGCCUUAUUUCGGACAGGGCAGAACAUCCUUUUUAUAAAUGAAUAUUGAUGAGAAAGGUGUUUGUAAAGAUGAAUCGAACGAUCGGGAACAAAGUGCGCAGCAGUUACUUAAUGAAAUUUAUCGAAAUAUUCAUGUUUUCUUUAUAUAUAGAUCAAUUCUAUGUUGUAUAGAAUAUAACACUGAAAAAUAUGAUCAAUUUUCAACGAUUCAGAUUUUAACUAUACGAAUGUGUAAAAUCACUCAUAAUCCAACAUUUUGAGUAUUCAUUUCAAAUGAAUGGAAAAAUAGCCUGUUAUUGUGCAUUUAUAAUAUAAGAAGCAUAGGUGAGGAUACAAAUGCCAUAAUAACCAAGUUUUGUGGUUGUACUUAAGUCAUAUGUUAUAUUUUAAACUUUAUCAAGUAAUAUUUUCGAUAAUUCGAAUGAUAUAUGUUUACAUUCUCUUGUCAAUUAUUAUGCAAGGCGAUUAUUAUUACUAUUAUUUUUAUUAUUACAUAUAUAUGCUAGUGACAUUGUGUUUUAAGAUUAAAAGAAGAAAUUCUAAUUUUCUUCGAGCGACCCGAGUGUUCCAUCAGUGAAUAAUCGUUCUAAUUUAAAAUUCUGUUUGAUGUGCUUCUUGUGUGAUGAACAAUUGAGAGAGAUUUUAACCCUUCACUGCAUUGUCAUUCAUGUAUGAGACUGACUCUAAUCUUUUUGUCGUAAAACGUAAAGUAUGAUUAUUUACUUUAAUUGCAGAUGAGAAUAUGAGUUGAAUGAACAGAAUAAGGGUUCAGAUUUAGGAAAUAAAUAGUCUUUGUAUAGCUUAAAAGGAAAAUACUGUUUUGGAAAUGAAAUGAAAGCGCUGAGCCAUCACAAGACCCAUCGAAACAAUGCAUACAUUAUUAGGCUUAGUGGUUAAUCAAAAAAAAAAAAGAAUUAACUUGCAGUAAAGGGUUAAAGGAAUAAAAAUUAUUUUAAUAAUGCAGAGUUUUCUUUGAAUAUCGCAACAAAUUCUCAAACCUAUUUCAUGUUCUAUUAAUGAUAUAAAGGGUCGCCGCAGGCCAGGGAAAAGUCAGGGAUUUUGACAUAAAAAUUGCAAAAGUCAGGGAAGAAUAGUCAGAAAUGCCACACGGUCACUUAGUCCAUUUCUUUUUCUCAUAUCACUCUUUAGUCACUUUUUAAAAUGAAAAGAGCACUGUUCUUUCAAUAAAUUAACCCAUGGGUUAACCAAUAUUCUGCAUUUUCUUGAAUUCUUUUGAAAUAUUUUAGGGUAUUUUUAAAAAUUCGAAGAAUUUUUUAAUAUA